AUGCUUAAGAAUCCAUCAAUAAAAUAUCCACCACCAAAACAAAUAAAUUUAACAAAUAGAGAAUGGCCUUCAAAAGUUAUAAAAAAAGCUCCGCGUUGGUUAUCUACAGAUUUAAGAGAUGGAAAUCAAUCAUUACCUGAUCCAAUGUCAAUACCUGAAAAAAAAGAAUAUUUUCAUAAAUUAAUUGAUUUAGGUUUUAAAGAAAUUGAAGUAAGUUUUCCUUCUGCUUCACAAACUGAUUUUGAUUUUACAAGAUACGCAGUUGAAAAUGCUCCAGAAGAUGUUGCAAUUCAAGUUUUAACACAAUCAAGAGAACCGUUAGUUAGAAGAACUAUUGAAUCAGUUACAGGUGCUAAAAGUGCUAUUAUUCAUAUUUAUCUUGCAACUUCUGACAUAUUUAGAGAAGUAGUAUUCGGAAUGUCCAAGGAAGAAGCAAUUUCUAAAGCAGUCGAAAUCACAAAAUUAGUAAAAUCAUUAACUAAAGAUGAUCCAACAAAAUCAGAAACUAAAUGGAAUUUAGAAUUUUCACCAGAAUGUUUUUCCGAUACUCCAGUUGAAUUUGCUGUUGAAAUUUGUGAAGCUGUUAAAAAUGUUUGGGAACCAACUGUUGAAAAUCCAAUGAUUUUUAAUUUACCUGCUACUGUUGAAGUUGCUGGUCCAAAUGUUUAUGCUGAUCAAAUUGAAUAUUUUAUUAAAAAUAUAUCAGAAAGAGAAAAAAUUGUAGUUUCAGUACAUUGUCAUAAUGAUCGUGGUUGUGGUGUUGCAGCAACUGAAUUAGGCUUAUUAGCUGGUGCUGAUCGUGUUGAAGGUUGUAUAUUUGGUAAUGGUGAACGUACUGGUAACGUUGAUUUAGUAACUGUUGCAUUAAAUUUAUAUACUCAAGGUAUUCCACCAAAUUUAGAUUUUUCAGAUUUACAAAGUGUUAUCGAUGUUAGUGAACGUUGUAAUAAGAUUGAUGUUCAUCCAAGAUCACCAUAUGGUGGUUCUUUAGUUGUUUGCGCUUUCAGUGGUUCACAUCAAGAUGCUAUUAAAAAAGGUUUCAGUUAUAAAAGAGAUGAUCAAAGAUGGGCUAUUCCAUAUUUACCAUUAGAUCCAAAAGAUAUUGGUAGAACAUAUGAAGCAGUUAUUAGAGUCAAUUCACAAUCUGGUAAAGGUGGUGCCGCAUGGGUUAUUUUAAGAUCAUUAGGUUUAGAUUUACCAAGACAAUUACAAGUUUUGUUUUCAAGCGUUGUUCAGGAAAAAGCUGAUUCAUUAGGUAGAGAAUUGCAAACUGAAGAAAUUGUUGAAUUAUUUAAAAAAGAAUAUCUUAUUGAAUCACCAUUAAAAUUAAAUGAUUUUGAAAUUACAAAAGGUAAAGAUUCAAAUAAUAAGGAAAUAUUUGCAGAACUUUCAAAUAAUACUAUAAUCAGAGGUCAAGGUAAUGGACCAAUUUCUGCUUUUAUUGAUGGUAUUUCAAAUAAAUCAGGUACUUUAUUUGAAGUCUUGAAUUAUUCUGAACAUAUUUUGGGAUCAGGUACUUCCUCAAAAGCUGUUUCUUAUGUACAAAUUGGUUAUUUAAAUGAACAAGGGGAGAAUGUUUCAAAAUGGGGUUGUGGUAUUAGUCAUGAUGUCAGUCAAGCUUCAAUUGAUGCAAUUUUAAGUGUUGUCAAUUCAUUAUUUGCAAAAGGUUCAAUUAAAAUUUAA